AUGAAAGCAUUUUGUUCGGGGGAAAAAGAAAAAAGAAAAAAAAAAAAAAGCACGAAAUAUAUGGAGUCGUUACGUCAUUUGACGUCACAGAGCGAGUGUGACUCUGCCACCCUGACGGCGACCGGGUGCGUAUUUUGGUUCCCCCUUCUCCCUUCCCCUACCACUUGGACCUGUCACAUCAUCACCGCCGCCGAUCCUUCGCUGAAGGAAAUCGCGUGUCAAACAUCGGCGGCGUACUCCUCAACGAGCCCUCGAUCGGAGGCCGAAUCGCCUUCCGCCGGGGCCCCUAGCCCCUUCGUACCCCACGAUAUCAAUUCUUGUGGUUGUGUUGAAGGCGUGCCUGCAGCCAAUUCGCCGCCGACCAUGACCAUGGACGGUUUGGAAACAUUGCCGCCGCACCGACCGCAAUCAGCCCUUUUGCUCUCAGAAUCAGCCGCCUUCAACGUUUUAAGCUUCGACACGUGUCUGUACAAGGGUACGUCGAGCGGUCCACCAGGCGGUAGUCCCGUGCCGGCGGCAUCCGGAGAGUCAACCAACUCCGAACCGGCAGCACCGGAACCUCAGCACGGUGAUCUCAACACGCCCGUCACCACCUCGGGAGACAUUCCAACGUUUUUUGGGCCUUCAACCGUCGUCGAGCCACCCCCCAUAACAGGUGAGACAUUCCAAACGCAAGCAAUCAUUUGGAAAGAGAGCAUCUGA